UGAUUAUUUUGCGUGUAAACAUCUGGGUAGAGAUUUCAGCAUCAUUUUCUUUACUUUUGCUUCCCUUUUAAUAAUUUUUUUGCCUUUUGUUUUCUCUUUUCAACUUUACUUUUUUUCUCCUAUUUCACCACUGCUCAUUCAGGCGUUCUUCUUUGAUAGUGAACAUGAAAUAGGAAGGUGAUAAGAAGUUUCCCAUAAAGACUAUAAAUAGUGAAAGAAAGUAUAAAAGUCUUACUCUUUAUUAAGCACCAGAGCGACCAAUUGUGUGAGCUAUCAAUAAAUAUAACUCUAAGGAUAAGGGAUAAUUAAUCCUAGAAUUAAAUUUGAGAUGAGUUUAUCCCACGUUUGGUUGAGAUAAAAUCGCGCGGUAUAACUGAUCCCAGAAUUAGUUAUCUCAGGAUUGUAGUGUUAUUUUUAUCCAUAUGGGAGGAUGGGAUAACAAUCUCGGAAUAACUAAUCCCGAGAUAAUUAAUCUUGGAAUAACUUGUUUCCCAACCAAACGAACAAUAUGAUCUCGUUGGUACGAGUGAUAAAGGAUAAUUAAUUCCGAUAUUAAAUUUGAAAUGAGUUUAUCCCACUUGUGGUUGGGAUAAAAUCACGGUAUAACUAAUUUCGAGAUUAUUUAUCUCGGGAUUGUAGUGUUAUUUUUAUCUCUAUGGGAGGAUAGGAUAACAAUCCCGGAUAACUAAUUCCACGUUAAUUGAUCCUAGAAUAAUUUGUUUCCCAACCAAACGACCCAUAAGUCUCUAACAUAACUCCUCCAAAAUCUUAAUUUUUUUAGAUUUUUAUGUACUCGUACUAAAUUUGACACUCCUAAAGUGGACAAUAAAUAGUUGCCUGGGACCUUCUAAGAAGUUGGUCCCCAUUAAUAAUAAUGUUGCUGAGACAGUGAUGGAACAUACUACCUCAGUCUAAUUUUCCAAUUCACUGUAAAUUAACGUGUGGAAAAAUGUAUAUGAGUACGAAUGCUAAGAAGACUUCAUACCAGGCAUUGACUUAAAAUGUGGCAAACAACUUAGAUAUCAUUAACAAUAUUAAAUUAGAGUACAUUCACCAUUGAGAAGCUUGAUGACUAAUCUAAUGGCUUAAAACAACAUGAAUUCUAACAAAAUGUAUCAGUGCCUAAAAUAUACAGUACUACUUAGAUAUUAUAUCUAUACAGCUCUCUAUUUACAAGCUAGUGUCCGCAUACUCUAAAAUAUUUUUGUAACAUGUAUUACCUCCUAACCUCCAGAUGUUCUUCAUUUUCUUAACAACGACGACUUUCUUAAUCAUUGUGAUUUAGAUAAAACUCGUAGAAUCUCAGUCUCACAUUCAAUGUUUUAACUGCAAGUAAAAGUAGUAUUAAUUCUAAUAAAGAAUUUGUUUUGAUUGCCUUCUCAUUUGUUUUUCUUCGUCUUUUCCAACUUUGGCUUUUCAUCCUUUUUGACCAAGUCAUCUUCCCCGUUUCACUCUUUAAUUUCUCACAAUAAUGAAAAAGGCAGGGUUCAAUUUUAUGACGGAUAGAAAGACCAAAUUAUGCAUUUUACAUACAUGAGAAUUGAUUUGCCUAUUAGGCUUCAAAUAUUUCUCUCUAAUUAUUAAGCACCUCAACAACCCAAUUGUUUCAGUUUUCUCAUCAUAUACCCAAAGCUGAGAAUUUCCUGUUAGUCUUAAGCAAUAUUCUUCAACAAUGUCUUACGCCUCUUCUUCACAAGUUUUCAAAUAUGAUGUAUUUUUGAGUUUUAGAGGUGAAGAUACACGUAAAAACUUUGUGAGUCAUCUGUAUAAUGCUUUGAAACAAAGAGGAAUUGAUGUUUUUAAAGAUGACGAGCGUCUGGAAACAAGAAAACCAAUUUCUGAUGAACUUUUGAAAGCCAUAGAAGACUCCAGAUUUGCGGUCGUGAUAUUUUCAAAAAGCUAUGCAUCCUCAAGAUGGUGCUUAGAGGAGCUUGCCCACAUCAUAAAGUGUCAAAAUGAAUUGGAGCAGACUGUGAUUCCAAUCUUUUAUGAUGUGAGUCCAUCUGAUGUACGCCAUCAAAGUCCACCAUUUGCCGAGUCAUUUUCCCAACAUGAGGAAAAAUACAAAGAUGAUAUGGAGAAGGUUCAAAGAUGGAGGGAUGCAUUUGCGGAGGCUGGAAAAUUAUCAGGGCAUGAUCUAAAAAAUUAUAAGGAUGAGGUUGAUUGCAUCAAUAAGGUAGUUGAUUACAUACUACCAAAGUCACUUCAAGCUAUCCCACCGUCAUCCGGAAGCUUAGUGGGUGUGGAACCUCAAAUGGAGAAAAUAAUUUCAUUAUGGGAUAUGGAAGCAAAUGAUGUUCGUUCCAUUGGAAUAUGGGGGAUGAGCGGUAUUGGCAAGACAGAAAUUGUAAGUAUCAUAUAUGAGAGAUAUCGUCAUCUGUUUGAUGCUGAUUGUUUUCUUGGUGAUGUUGGAGAAAUGUACCAGAAAAAGGGUCUUACAUGGCUACAACAAGCUCUCAUCCGUAAGCUAUUGGGGAAAAAGAUACCUAUAACUAGUGAACGCGAAGGUGCCAUACUUAUAAGGAAUCAGCUUCGCUGGAAGAAAGUUCUGGUCAUUCUUGAUGAUGUAAACCAUCUAAAUCAACUAAAAUUUUUAGUUGGAGGGACAGAGUGGUUUGGCAGGGGUAGUAGAGUUUUGAUUACCACGAGAGACAAGCACCUGAUAAUCGCUCAUGUAGGGGAGAAUAAAGUGUAUGAAGUCCUAUUAUUAUCUGAGAAUGAUGCUCUUGAACUGUUUUGCCUGCAUGCUUUCAAGAGAAAAUCUCCAGAGAGAGAUUUUGAGGAGCUUUCAAGGGAAGUGGUGAAGUAUGCUGAUGGACUCCCUUUAGCUCUUGAAAUUUUGGGUCCUUCUUUUUGUGGACGAAACAAAGAGCAAUGGAGAGAUAUAAUUGAUAGACUGAAAAAAAUCCCUAAUGAUGACAUUUUAGGAAAACUUAAGAUUGGUCUUGAUGGAUUGAAUAAAGAUGAGAUGAGAAUAUUUUUGGAUAUCGCAUGCUUGUACAAUCAUGAACAAAGAUAUUAUGUGGAACGAAUACUUAAGAGUUGUGGUAUUCAUCACUUGAUAGGAAUAAGCCGUCUCAUUGAAAAAUCUCUCUUAUCCAUCAGUAGAGAUGGCUACAGCUACAUACUUAAUAUGCAUAGUUUGAUUAGAGGAAUGGGUGAAAAUGUCCUGAAGGAAGAGCACACAAACAGCAGAAUAUGGCUUCAUGAGGAGGUUCAUGACCUUUUUGCUGGAAAGUUGAAAAAAGAAAAGGUGGAAAGCCUGAAGAUCCCAAAAGGUUACAAUUUUGAAGAUGAAAGUUUAAAUCAUAACAAGGUAUUGAAGAGGAUGCAAAGCUUACAGGUAUUAAUAGUUGAUAAUAAAACUUUUUGCUCGGAAAGCACUGUCACUUGUCUUCCUUCUAGCCUGCGGUGGAUUCAAUGGCCGUUCUAUCCUUCAAGUUCAUUGCCGCAGAGAUUUGAACCAUCACACCUCGUGGGGCUUAUAUUAUAUAAUAGUCGGCUUGUCGAACUUUGGCCAAUAUCAAAGAGAUUGAACAAGUUGAAGCAUUUGGAUCUAACCAAGAGCCUCAGGUUAACAAAAAGCCCUAAUUUUGGUGAUAUGCCAAACUUGGAGACACUAAGUUUGUGUGGGUGUAUGAAUUUGGAAGAGGUCCAUCCGUCUCUUGGACAUUGCAGAAUGCUUAAAGAAUUGAAUUUGCGGGGUUGUACAAAACUUAAGAAGCUUCCAAAAUUUGUUUCCAUGGAAUCUCUUGAGACUCUCGACCUUCGUGAAUGCACAAGUUUAAGAAAAUUUCCAAAAAUCUGUGGAAAUAUGCAGCAUUUAUCAGAACUCUAUGUGGAAUCCCCCCGGAUAAGAAGCUUACCCCCUUCUCUCAGUGGUCUAAGCAAAUUACAUUUGAGAGAUUGUGAAGAUCUUGAAAGUAUUCCAGACACUAGCAUUCAAAUUCUUAGAUUUCUGAAGAUUUCAGAUAGCAAGAAACUAGCAGUGCCAAACAGCCUUUUUGAAUCAGAGCAAUUGGAGGAACUUUAUAUAUACCAUUGUUCUAGAUUGGUAGAGCUCCCCCUAUCUGUCGGAGUUCAAAAGAAGCUUAUUGAGUUGGUUUUAGAAGACUGUCAGAAUUUAAAGAAGCUUCCAAACUCUAUUCAGAUGAAGUCCCUUACACAACUCAAGAUAUCUAAUUGCCCAAAAUUAGAUACAUUUCCAGAAAUCAAUGGAGAUAUUCAUUCCUUGGAAGAACUGACCAUACAAUUUACAGGGAUAAGAGAACUGCCUUCAUCCAUUGGGGAUCUGAGCAACCUCGAAUAUCUCAAUCUGAAAGGAUGUGAAGAUCUUGUAAGUCUGCCUUCAUCCAUUGGGGAUCUGAGCAACCUCGAAUAUCUCAAUCUGAAAGGAUGUGAAGAUCUUGUAAGUCUGCCCAACAGCCUUUGUAAUUUGAAGAAGCUUGAAGAACUUGUUCUCGAAGGCUGCAAAAAGUUAGAGAAGCUUCCAGAAAACAUUGGUGAUCUUCAACGGUUAAAAGAACUUGAUGCAAGUGAUACUGCAAUAUCCCAACCACCUCCCUCCAUCACCAAGCUUCGCAAUCUGGAGAUGUUACGAUUCUCGCAUGCUGUACAACAAGUGCAGCAUUCGUCAAGUUUUGUUUCACAUCAACUAUUAGCUUUUUCCUCCUUGACAGAACUUCAUCUUGGUAAUUGCAACAUAUUGGGUGGACUUCCUGAGGAUUUUGGAUCUUUGCACUCUCUGGAAGAGUUGAAUUUAAGAGGAAGCAAUAUUUCUUGUUUACCCAAAAGCAUCAACAAACUCGUAAGCAUUAAAUCCCUGGAUGUGCGAUUCUGUCAGAAUCUUAAUGAACUUGAACUACCCCCAAAUUUAGAGCAGUUAUAUGCAGAUUAUCAUUUAGCCAUGAAGAGCAUCAGAGAUAUAGUAUUUAAGUGUGUUAAGUUGCAUGCCAUCUGUAUAUCAUGGUAUGGUCAUGAAAGGACCGAAUGCGGAAUUGUCAUAACUAACCAAGUUAAUGUGUUGAAGUUCCUACAGCAUUUUCUCAGGACAUAUAUCCAGUGUGACUUUCACCUGAGGAGCUACUUUUGCAUUACUUUCCCUGAAGUCAGCAUACCAGAGUCGUUCGAUUAUCAGUUUAUAAAUCAAUCAAAGAUCUCAAUUUGUCUAAACCCAUCCUGGUAUACCCAUAAAUUCCUGGGUUUUUCGAUAUGCUUCUAUUCUGAUAGAUGUAGAGUUGAUCUAAAAGCUACAUUGGUCUGCAAGCCUGAAAGAAAACAUUCCUUGAUGUUUCACAUCCACCAACGUUGCCUUAACUUUCCUUCUGUCUUGUGGUACUACAUACCAUUUAAAGCAUUGUGGCGCACUUCUGACAAUAAAGAAGAGAAGAACCUAAAUGAUUAUUGCCUAUUUGAGGUAUCCUCAGAAGCGGAAGCAUGUUGGGGAAUUCGCCUGGAAUAUGAGAAUAAAGUUAGGAGAUGGAGAAGGAAGCAACGGGUGACACAAAGUCUCAAACUCCAUCCAGUUCCGCAAAAUGAUAAUGCAGUGACAACUGAAAUUGGCUGUUCUAUGGUAUUUGAACAACUAGAGCCAUCAUGCGGUUCUGGUUCGCAGGCGUUUGUUGAGAAUACCAUCACAACAGAGAGGGGACUACAUUUGGAGUAUGAGAAUAAAGCUCUAGAGAUGGAUCAAGCAACAAUGGUAGUUCAGAAGGAACAUGAAUCUCAGAAUGUUGAGCUGAUUAGAGUUUGUGAUAGCCUAUCAAAGAAGAUGGACGAUGCUUCAAGAAAGAGAAAGAGAAAGAGAAAUAGAAAGAAAAAGAGAAAGAUGGCAUGGGAAAAUGAGACCAGCAUCUCUCAUAGCCCCAACUAGCUUGCAUGAUUUUGAUUGGAUCAGGAGAAUCCUCUUAGAUUUUUAGCAAAUAUUGGGUACCCGAAAGGAGAAAAUCAAGGAAGCAUCUAUCCAAUUGAAUUUUAAACACAAAGAAGGUGUGUAAUAGUGCAGCAAUUACUCAACAUCAACGCCAUAUGCUUGAAACUAUGCAAGUAAGUGCUCGUUACCAUUUUGUCGAGAAAGGUACCUGAUAUUGCUCCUACCACUUUAUUCUUUCCUUUGAUGCUUUAGGCCUCUGCUUCUAUGUCUCUCUCAGUAAAGCUAAGUGCAAGGUAGCUAGUGAUAUCAUCCUCAGUGUGCAAAUGUUCAAGGAAAUCAACUCAAAUCAUGCAGGGAUUGUGCUUUCUGCCUCUUUCUUGGAGUUAUUCUUCCAACUCAAAUCCCAUGCAGGGAUUGUACUUCUAAUGUGAUUGCUCAAGCCUGUUGGCCUCUGGUUCACUAAGGUGGAAUCUAGGAUCAGUUUGGACGCUUUAAUUGUUGGAAAACGAGUGGUGCUUCGAGAAAGAGAACCAAUCUUUUUUUUUUGAUGAAGAGAAAGAGAACCAAUCUGUGUACAUCAAAGAAACCUAUACCAAGUAUAUCAAGUAGCCAAAUUAAGUUCUGUACGCACUUUGACUUCUUCUGGGGAGAUAGAGAUAACAAUGAUAUAUAAAUGGCUCUCGAAGAACCAGUGUCCCAUUUUCACCAUGUUUACAUUUAGGAGAGUGAGAGGGAUGAUGUAUUACCACAAAGUUCUGCAGUUUAAUCCUUCCUCGAGAUGGCCCAGAAUUAUGUUGCUGCUGUUGCUAAUGUUGGAGGACUUGGUCUUCUCAGAGCCUCUGAUUGGCUUAUAUUGAUUCCCUCUCCCUCCUCCCCCCUCUCUCUUCCAGAUUGCUCAAGCCUGGAAGUCUCUAGUUAAAAGAGCUGGAUUCCGAGGAUCAGUCCAGAGACUUGCCAGUGGUUACGAGAUUGUAAUGGGAUUGCUUCUAUUUACUUCAGUUGCUUUUCUAGAAUGCUUUAAUCCGUCCUAACCUAAAUCCAAAACUAGGAUGUUGUUUAACUCAACUAUUCAGUCAGAGGUCUUCAGAUUGUUUGUAUUCUUGGUGAAUAUAUAGCUGAGAUAUCCUUCUCAAAACAAAGGACUAAAAUAUCAAACAUGAACAAUUCUUCAAUCCUGGCAUUGUUUACUCCCAUUGUAACUAAGCUGAUUUUGUGCUAAUUAUGUAGGCACUGGUUGCAGCAUUUUUCCUUCCUUUCUUCCUUUGGACUUUGGCAUUUAUAUUAAAGUUGCUUGACUUAAUAUCUCAA